CGGGCCAAUCACAGGCAGCUGGCUCGGAGGGAGUUGGCAGGAGGGGCCAAACUACGUGAUUGUCCCCGUGGCGCGUGCUGGGUACCAUUCCUUUAGGGAGACAGCCCAGCUGCGAGGCGUCUUCUGGGUCUUGUAGUUCUCCAGACUACGCUCCGCCCAGCAUCCUCCAGUACGCAUGCUCCCGGAAUCGUCCGCGUAGUACUCCGAGAGGGGGAACUACAGUUUGGGAUUGGGGUGGCGGAAGAUGACUCUUCCCAGAAGCCAUUGCGACCCGAGCAGGAAAACUCCCCCGGAGAAUUGUGGGGCGGGUAGCCUCGCUUCUUAUGGAAGCCAAUAGAAUGGGGAGGACUGGAGACUGCAUGUCCCGUCAUGCCCCGCGACGCCCCCCCCUACUUCCCUCGGCCCCGGCCCUGGCCCCGGCCCCAGCCCAUGCUCGUUGGCGGCGGCGGCGGUGGCUUGGGGCGCGCGGAGCCUGCAGUCACGGUGGCGCCCGCAGGGUCGGAGGAGGGAAUGAGUGAGGAGGAGCAGGGUUCCGGGAUCAUCACUGGCUACGGACUCCCCAGUAUAGAGCAAAUGCUGGCGGCCAGUCCUGGCAAGACCCCAAUCAGCCUUCUGCAGGAGUAUGGGACCAGAAUAGGGAAGACUCCUGUGUACGACCUCCUCAAAGCCGAGGGCCAAGCCCACCAGCCCAAUUUCACCUUCCGAGUCACCGUCGGUGACACCAGCUGCACUGGUGAGGGGGCGUCGGGUGCCCAGGCCAGGGGUCAGGGCCCCAGCAAGAAAGCCGCCAAGCACAAAGCAGCUGAGGUGGCCCUCAAAUACUUGAAGGGAGGAAACAUGUUGGAGCCGCUUCUGGAGGAUGGAAGGAGCCCCCCGGGGGAGGUCAAGGCCCCCGUUUCUCCUCAGCAGUCCGAGUGUAACCCCGUGGGAGCUUUGCAGGAGCUGGUGGUGCAGAAAGGCUGGCGGCUGCCAGAGUACACAGUGACCCAGGAGUCGGGCCCCGCGCACCGGAAGGAGUUCACCAUGACCUGCCGGGUGGAGCGUUUCAUGGAGAUCGGCAGCGGCACCUCCAAGAAGCUGGCCAAGCGCAACGCUGCGGCCAAGAUGCUGCUGAGGGUGCACACGGUGCCCCUGGACCCCCGGGACGGGCCGGAGGCUGAGCCCGACGACGACCACUUCAACAUCGGCAUCAGCUCCCGCGUGGACGGCCUCCGGGGCCGCAGCCCGGGCUGCACCUGGGACUCCCUCCGCAAUUCAGCGGGCGAGAAGAUCCUGUCGCUGCGGAGCUGCCCCCUGGGCUCUCUGGGCCCCGGCUGCUGCAGCGUGCUCAGCGAGCUCUCCGAGGAGCAGGCCUUCCACGUCAGCUACCUGGACAUCGAUGAGCUGAGUCUGAGCGGCCUCUGCCAGUGCCUGGUGGAACUGUCCACGCAGCCGGCCACGGUGUGCCACGGCUCGGCGCCCACCCGGGAGGCGGCCCGCGGGGAGGCCGCCCGCCACGCUCUCCAGUACCUCAAGAUCAUGGCCGGGGGCAAGUGAACCCUCGGGGCGCGCCGCGCACUGCCAGCUCCGCCCCUCCGGGAGGCUCCUUCUCUACCUCUGCCACAGACUCUGCCUGCCCCGAGGCCCGGGCUGGGCCCUGGGGGGGGGCUGCCCCUCCUCCGAAUAAACACCCUUCUCCGA